AUGAAUGGAUGCCAAUACUCGUCGUCAUAUCCCUUAUAUUCACGAGAAGGUAAUUCUCUUGAUCCAUGUUUUAUUUAUGAUGUUGGUUGUUUGCUUUACUGCUUGUUUGGGGCUUUCAUAGGUUUUGAAAUUUUCAAGAUUUUAUAUUUGCAUGGCAAUGGUGUUCUAACACAUGGAUACCUUGCUGAUGACCACUCAACUCGAACUAUAAGGUAUUCGUUUGGAUCUUACUUUUCGACAACUGGUCAAAAAUUUCGCUUGUCAUUGAUUGUUGUUUACGGAUUACUUGUAAAUAUUGUAAUCUUCAAGAUAAAAGGCACAUGGGCAAUAGUUACACUGGUAGUGCUUCUAUUAGCAUUCAUACUCCAUUUGAUUGAAAUCACCAGAACUGUAGUGCAAUCAACAUCACUUCUUUGGUUUUGGUUGACCUCUGUUGUGUACAAUUCGCUAUGUCUAAUUCAGGAACUAUUUUCGGCUGAUGUUCAAAUCUGGGAACAAAGCUCAAUUAAAUUGAAAUUCUUGGUGUGGUCAAUAUCUGGAAGUAUAUUCAUUUUGGAAGUUCACUUUUGGCAGCCUACAAUAGAAUUGGUCGAAUAUUUUGAUUUAAAUGAUUGGGAUAGAACUUCAAUUCAUAAUUCCUUUACAAAUAUAACUUUCUCUUGGGUUCAAGACCUCUUAACCAGUGUUUAUAAAACUGAUGUGAUCGACAUGAAAAUGAUUCCAAAGACACCUGCAGAUUUGAAGAUUAAGUUUACUUUAGAGAAGUUCAUUGAACAAUGGAGAUCUGAAAUAAUGAGAGCAAGAAAGAGAGAGGGGCAUAACGAGAUAGAUGAAAAUGAUGUGUCGCUUUUGACGUCCAUUCUCAAGUCAUAUUGGCCACUUAUUUUGUUCAGUUUUAUAUUAGAAGCUCUGAGUACUAUAUUGACUUUUGCUGAGCCAUUCCUUCAACAGCAAUUUAUCUUAUUCUUUGCAAAUUCUUUGAAGAAAGGAGAAGACAUUGAGCGACCACCUAGAAUUUAUGGAUAUUUUAUUGCUUCUCUAUUUUUUCUCAUCUCGAUGCUCAGAACUGUUCUCAACACCCAAUCUUCCCAAUUGAAAGCUAAAGCAACCUUUUCUUCGACGUCAAUACUGUCAUUAAUCUAUAGGAAGUCUUUAAGACUCUCUACAGAAUCCCGUCAAACUAAAAAUGUGGGUCAAAUUAUGAAUCAUCUCUCGCUUGAUAUUCCAGUUAUUAGAUCAUUUCCAACUGGUUCUGCGGUCAAGAUCAUUAUAGCUCCAUUUAAGGUAGUAUUGUGUGUGCUUGCAUUGCAUAAAAUUAUCGGUAAUGCCGUUUGGGGGGGUGUUGCUGCAGCUUUAAUUAUGAUACCCCUUGUUUCGAAGAUCAAGGGAAUCACGACACCUUUGACUAAGAAGAUCAUGGAAUAUAAAGAUGCAAGACUUCAAUUGUUAAACGAAGUGGUAAAUUCCAUGCUAAGUGUUAAGUUGUACACUUGGGAAGAUCUGAUUGAAAACAGGAUUAAAGAUAUCAGAAAUGGGAAGGAAUUGAAAACUAUAAAACAGCUUAGUGUAUGGAAUGCAUUUUCGAGAUUUAUAUUUAGCACAGUUCCUUUUUUCAUUUUGAGCUCGAGUAUAUUGGCUUUUGUUAUGUUGUACAAAGAUGUUCCUUUACUGCCAGAGAUCAUAUUCCCAGCCUUGUCAUUGUUCAACGUACUAGGGAAGUUUAUUUCUUCAACAUCAGGCUUAAUCCAAAAAUUUGCAAAAGCCAAAGUUUCAUUUAAUAGAGUUGAAGAAUUUUUAUUGUUAGAAGAAAAGGAAGAUGAUGAGGCGUACCUUAGUAGGUCAUACGGCUAUAUUGAAGAUGGAUCCCAAGUUAUAAGGGUAACCAAUGGUACAUUUUUAUGGCUCCAAAGUGACAAAGAACACAUCGCUUUGAAAAAUAUCAAUCUUGAAAUUAAAAAGGGGCAUUUGAUAUGUCUAGUUGGUAAAGUUGGAAGUGGAAAGUCUACCUUAAUCAAAGGUAUCUUGGGAGAAAUUCCCUUACUUGAAGGGACUAGUUUUGCACAUGGCACGAUCGCAUAUUGUUCUCAGAAUGCUUGGAUUAUUAACGCAAGUGUCAAAGAUAACAUCUUAUUUGGAUUCAAAUACGAUAAAUCUAACUAUGAUAGAACUAUUCGAGUAUGUGAACUUUUGGUUGAUAUUGACUCAUUUCCAAAUGGUGAUCAAACCUUAGUUGGGGAGAAGGGAAUCUCACUUUCAGGUGGACAAAAGGCUAGAAUUUCUCUUGCAAGAGCAAUCUAUUCUAACUCAGAUAUAUAUAUUUUGGAUGAUAUUUUGUCAGCAGUUGAUAGAUUUGUUGGGGCUAAACUUAUUCAGAAUGUCCUUGGUGAGCAAGGUAUCCUCAAAGAUAAGACAAGAAUUUUAGCAACUAAUUAUAUACCAAUGAUUCACCUUGCAGAUGAAAUUGUGUUAGUAGAAGGUGGAAGUAUCGUUGAAAGAGGACUCAAGGGAGAAGCUGUCAAGUCGAAAGAAAUCGAUAGGUUGAUAAAAGAAUAUGGGGGGAACAGUGAGGUAAACUCAGUGCAGCCAAGUAUAGUUGAUGUUGAUUUAACAGAAAGGGAGGAAUUACAAGAAAUGCUGGAAUUGGGAGAAAUACAAGAUUCUCAGGAGUUGCAAGUACGAGAUGCACAAGAUGUACAGGAGCUGCCGGUGGUAGAAGGAUCAAAUUUGGUACAAGAAGAUUCGAAAAUCUUAAAAAUUGAUGAUAUUGCGCUUGCAAAUGAAAACUCCUCAAGCGGUAAAGUUAAAUCUUCUGUUUUUUAUGACUAUUUCAGGGCCUGCAACUACAUGACGAUUUUUAUUUAUGCUGGAUUGACUGUGGCUAGUACUUCUGUAACAGUAUACCAAACAACUAUACUUAGUCGAUGGUCAAAUUUAAACUUGAAAUUUGGCAAAACUAUAGACCCAGCUUACUACUUAUCUUUGUAUGCUCUCUUAGUAAUUAUGCGAGGUGCAUUCACUAUGACGGCUUUGAUUAUUGUUUGGGUGUUCUCAUUUAUCGAAGGAUCCACUUAUUUCCACGAUAAGAUGGUGAGUAAUAUCUUACAAUCCCCUAUGCAAUUAUUUGAAACGACACCAGUUGGAACCAUAUUGAAUAGGUUUUCGAAUGAUGUUUCUGCGAUGGAUUUGACUAUUCCAGGGAUCUUUGUAGGUGCAGUGAAUUUGAUAAUCAAUUCGCUAACGUCAUUUGCAAUAAUUAUUUGGCACUUACCCAUGAUGAUAUUGGUAAUACUCUUUCUUUUAGGAAUUUAUGAUUCGAUUAGAAGAUAUUUUAUACCAGCAUCAAGGGAGUUUAAGAGACUCUCAAGAACAGCUAAUAGUCCAAUAUUAUCCCACUUACUGGAAUCGAUUAAUGGAAUUGAGACUUUGAAUGCAUAUGGCCAAAUAGAACGGUAUGUGGAACUCAACGAUCAGAAAUUAGAAUCAUACAUUAGUAUUAAUUACACCAAUUCUUCACUAUCCAGGUGGCUCACUAUUAGAUUGCAGACUAUUUCCUCUACUAUAUUAUUUAGUACAUGUGUGUUCUGUUUGCUAAGUCUUGAUAAAGGUGACUCUCCAUUUGAUGCCGCAUUAGUUGGGUUUAUCUUAAACUAUGCUUUGUCGAUUCCUGGUCAAUUAAGAUCGAUAAUCACUACUUGGACCCAAGUCGAGACCCAGACGGUUGCUAUAGAAAGAAUUAUAGACUAUUGCAAAUUGCCCCUCGAAGCACCAAGAAGGAUGGAAAUUGAUGAAAAAAUUAUAGGUUGGCCCUCGAAGGGAGCUUUGAAGUUUGUAAACUAUUCAACAAGAUAUCGUGAAAAUUUACCAAUGGUAUUAAAAGGAAUUAAUGUUGAGAUAGGUGGAAAGGAGAAAAUCGGAAUAAUUGGAAGAACGGGUUCUGGAAAGUCCACCAUCACUAGGGCCAUUUAUAGGUUAUUAGAAGAGACAGGAGGACAUAUUGAAAUCGAUGAGAUAAUUACGAAAGAUUUAGGAUUGCACAAAUUGAGACACAAUCUUAGUAUUAUACCUCAAAAUUGUCAAACUAUCGAAGGAACUGUGCGAGAGAAUUUGGAUCCAUUUAAUGAACAUAGUGAUGAGGAAUUAUGGAAGGUACUUGAGAUGUCGUAUUUGAAGGACCACAUCAUGAAAUUGAAAGGAGGUAAGCCAAAAAUGAAAAAAAAGCAGAAGAAUAGAAAGCAGGGAUCUGAAGCUACGGAGAAUUUAGUUCAAGUCGAAGAUCAAGAACCAGUCGAAGGAGUCGAAGAAAGUGAAAGCGAAAAUGUUGGCCUUAACUCAUAUAUUUAUCAAGGUGGUUCAAACCUUUCCGUUGGACAAAAGCAACUAUUAUGCCUUGCAAGGGCUAUUUUGAACCCUUCUACCAUACUUAUCCUCGACGAGGCUACAGCUGCUGUCGACAUGGAUACUGACUUGAAAGUUCAAAGUACCAUCAGAGAAUAUUUGAAAGAAAGGACCAUUUUAACCAUUGCGCACAGACUUGAGACAAUUAUGGAUAGUGAUAAGAUAAUUGUCCUCGAUAAUGGAGAGAUAAUUGAAUUUGGAACGCCAGAAGAGUUGAUGCAAAAUGGCGGUUUACUUACGGAAUUGGUAAAUCAUUAA